UGCUUUUAGUAUAUAUAAUUAUGUGCCAAUAUCACAAAAUGGGAAAUCCCACUUUAUUCGUUCGUUAACCACACACUAUCCAUACAUUAAAUGAUUAAACGAACUUCUGGUGAAGUUCAAUCAUUAUUAUACUAACAACUUGUUCGAGGAUGUUUUACAUUGUAUAGUAGUAGACGUAAAUAUUUAUAUUGCCAAGACUGUAAAUAUAGAUAUACCGACUGUAGGAAUUUGCUCGGAGGCGCUCCGAUGAGCUCGGAGCAAACGCGUGUUUUGGGGCAAAGUUCGGAGGAGCUCCGAGCUGCUCCAAGCUAAGCCCCAAACGAACCUAUUGCAACUUGCAACACAACAAGUGUCAGACGAUAAGAUAUUCUUGUUUAUAAGUUUGUGCUCCGAAAAUUUGAUUCAAAGUGUGUUUUACUCCUCUACUUAAGCAAUAGUCGAUCUUUAUACGUUCAAAUUAUACACUCGGAAGAUCUUAUUUACACAGACAUCAUAUUAUACAGAGAAGCACAAUGUACACUCUCGACACGGACAUUCGAAAACUUCAACCAGCGGACAUCGAGGUACUUGCGAGACUUCUGCAACAGACGAAUUCGUGGCGCAAAGUAAUGGCAAUGGUGAGAAACGAGGACAGGGAAAACAGCGAGCCGCUAUUCAAUGCCGAUCACGUCAGGAUAAUCGAGGAGGGGAGCCGAUUGGUGAAAAAAUCCGAACCCGAGCUCUUCCUGGAGGAGUGGAGCUCGAUUGGCAAAAAGCGACCGACUUGUAGAAUUCUGCUCAAGUACUUGGUCGAUGCGCAAUUGUUUAGAGCUGCCGAUCACCUGGCUGUCAAUAUACUGAAGAUCGAUCCACCCGAGCGCCCUAAAUUCGGCCCAGCGGCAAAGAUAGAAAUCGACGACAAGAUUCUAGGUGAGCUGUUGAAACAGCAUGUACAUGUCAACAACACACCAAAAAGCUCCCAGCCCGACACAUGGUCUAACAACUGUCAGGGAAGCACAAUCGAGCUUCCGGGCGUGAUUAACCAGCCUGUAGCCAACAUUCCUGAUGGUAAUAAUUCUUCAUUAAUACCUGAUAUGAUGAAGUUCAGCGAAACGCUCACGGAUCUGAUGAAGUUUCCAUCAUCCGAUUCAAUACACAGCGAAGACUUUGUGCUGCAAGUGGCGGACUCGCAAGACAUUCCUUGUGUCGUGAAACACCACGGUCAGUUAAAAAAUGAAGAUAACAACAUGACGGACGUUAACGGCGAAACAUUGGAAGAAAUUAACACGACGUCUUCGAAUGAAGAGACCGCGAACGAACAGUCCGUGACUACUGAAGGGUCUGAUCAGCCAAGCGUUGACGAGUCAACGGAUAAUGCCGGUAGUUACCACUAUUCUGCUGUCGAUGUUCCCAUUCCCGUUGUAGUGCUCGAAAGAAAGAACAAAAGUUAAAACAACAGAGAAUGCAGUACACGAGUGAU